AUGGCUCCCCGGGAACCAGUCGACGUGCCCUCGUUCGCAAGCACGCAGCUAGCUCUGCUGGACCGCGAGCUGCAGAGCGAGGUGCAGGAGACGAGCUCCCUCAUCACCAACCACAGCCCCGCCGGCCUGCAGCGCGCCGGCCUGGCCAUCACCAACCUCGUCGUCGCCUCGCAGCGGACCGGCCUGGGCGGCCGCACGGUGCUGGAGCUGGGCCCGGACGCCGCCAUCUCGUCAACGGGCGAGCUGCCGGAGCACGGCCUGCGCGCCGGCGACAUCGUGCUCGUGGCGGACCAGCCUGCGGGUAGCGCCAAGAAGAGGGAGGUCCGCGAGCUGGAGAGCAAGGGCGCGCGCGGCGUGGUGAUCAGGGUGCAGAAGACGGCCGUGUUCGCGGCGCUGGACGAGGGCAGGGACGAGGUGGCGUUCGGGGGCAAGGUGUGGGUGGUCAAGCUGGCGGACGAGGUGACGUAUAAAAGGAUGAAGCUGACGAUGGAGAAGCUACAAAAGAUGGGCGAGGCGGAAUACUCGAGCUUCAUUCGGGUGCUUUUUGGCCUUUCUAGCCCGUCGACGGUCCCGAGAGACUUGUCGGCUGAGGAGGAUCUGGGCAAGAUCGAGUGGUUUGACCCAACUCUCAACGACUCCCAGAAAGACGCGAUUCGAUUCGCCCUGGCAUCGCGUGAGAUUGCUCUGAUACACGGCCCUCCCGGUACGGGAAAGACACACACGUUAAUAGAGCUCAUUCUACAACUCGUCAAGCUGAAAAGGCGGGUGCUGGUCUGCGGCCCGUCCAACAUAUCCGUGGACAACAUCGUGGAAAGGCUUGCGCCGCACAGGCUCCCGAUUCUGCGCCUAGGGCAUCCCGCGAGGCUGCUGCCCUCGGUCGUCAACCACUCCCUCGACGUACUGACACAGACGUCAGAAGCCGGGGCGAUCGUCAAGGACGUGCGCGCCGAGAUGGACGCCAAGCAGGCAUCAAUAAAGAAGACGAAGAGCGGCAAGGAGCGCCGGCAAAUAUACGGCGACCUGAGAGAGCUACGAAAGGAGUACAGGGAAAGAGAACGCAAGUGCGUCGGCGACCUGGUGGGCGGCAGCAAGGUGGUCCUGGCCACGCUUCACGGGGCCGGUGGUCAUCAGCUACGCAACGAAAAGUUCGACGUCGUCAUCAUCGACGAGGCGAGCCAGGCGCUCGAAGCGCAGUGCUGGGUGCCGCUCCUGUCGGCCAGCAAGGCCGUGUGCGCCGGCGACCACCUGCAGCUACCGCCCACGAUCAAGUCGAGCAACUCCAAGACGGCGCUGAAGCUCAGAGACGGCAUGGAUGGGAAGCCGAUCAAAGGGCUGACGCUUGAGACUACGCUGUUUGACAGACUGCUGGCACUCCAUGGGCCGUCGAUCAAGCGGAUGCUCACGACCCAAUAUCGAAUGCACGGGAAGAUUAUGCGAUUUCCUUCUGACGAGCUCUACGAGUCCAAACUUGUCGCCGCUGAUGCUGUGAAGGCUAGGCUGCUCAAGGAGCUGGAGUACGAGGUGGAGGACAACGAAGAUACGAAUGAGCCACUCAUUUUCAUCGAUACGCAGGGCGGCGAUUUUCCAGAGCGCAGCGAAGAGGACGAUGCCGACAGCACGAAGAAGGGCAAGGCAAGCUUACAUGGAGACAGUAAAAGCAACGAAAUGGAAGCCGCCUUGGUACGGCAGCAUGUUGCAAGGCUCGUGGAUGCCGGGUUGAAGGCGGAUGAUAUUGCGGUGGUGACGCCGUACAAUGCGCAGGUAUGA